AUGGCAAAAACUGUUAACGAUUUAAACGGUUGGGAAGUUGUCAUUACAGAUAAUAAUGGGGACAUCAUAGAUAUUAAUGAUACAAGAUCAAGAAGGAGAAGAGAUGCUCGUACCCACACACAUCUCGAGAAAGAAAUAGAAAACCAAAUUCAAAAAUUGCAAUUUGGUACAAACAUUAUAGUUAAAAAUCCAGUACUUGGAGAACCUGAUGUCAUAUGUAUGCUAUAUGAGAUUAGAAUGAAUACAAUGAACAAUUUCCUUGAAUUAUGGACUUUUAAAUAUAGAGAUGAAUCAAAUAUUAUUCCUCAUUGGUAUUUUGAAAAAUUUAAACCUGAAGUAUUGGAACUAAAUGAAUCAAAGGAAUAUUACGAAGAUUUAUUGCAUAAAGAGUUAGGGGAUAACAGAAAGCGGUUUUUAACAUUACAUUCAUUUGAAGUUAAGUUGGAAAAUAUUAUUGGAUUUGCGAACGUCGUGAAGGAAUCUGAAUGGGUUUCUCAAUAUACCCCUGGUAGAACUUUCAUAGUGGACUAUAUGUGUAGCGCAAAUGGGAAAUGGUUUGCCCCAAUUGAUAUAAAAAAAGAAAUUGAAAUGUUAAAGAAUAGAUCGCCGAAGGAGAUACUGGAUGGACUCAAUUCUGUUUUAUCAAAUGAAUCAAAAUCAGACCUUGAAUCAGAAUCUAAAGGUAGCUCUUCAAAGUCUAAUGGAAACAAAAAAACUUCCAACAAAAAGAUCAACGCUAAAAACGCUAAUAAGAGAGUUUCAAAGGUUAUUAAACUGGAAGACCAUGUUGGUAACCAGAUUUCAUCUGAAAAUGUAGAGAGCACUGAUAACGAGUCUGCUGAUGAUGCAUCAUCUGAAGAUGAAUAUGUUGACGCUGAGGAAUCGAUAAACGCAGAAGAAUCUUCUACUAAUGAAAGUGAAGGAGAAAAUGGAGAUGAAGAUGAUGAGGAUGACGAGGAAAAUGAAGAAGAAGAAGAAGAAGAAGAAGAAGAAGAAGAAGAUGAAGAGGAGGAAGACAUUGAAUAUGAUAAACUUUCAAAUAAGAAAGGGAAUAGUCGAUCUGCAAGUAAAAGAGUGGCUACUGAUUCUAAAAAACCAAGGAAAAAGAAGAAGAUAACGAAAGCUCAACAAUACUCAACACAAGUACGUAGGUUCACCAAAAGAAAUGUUGUUCGUGCCAAGAAAAAAUAUACCCCAUUUUCAAAACAGUACAGAUCGAUUAAAGAUAUUCCUGACUUAACUAAUUUUGGUGGAUUCAACAUGAAAAACGCAGACGAAUAUUUGAGUAGACUUGAAGAAAAAUUAAACACCAAAUCAAACCACAAGAUAGUUGAAACUAUUUUCUCUAAAGUCAAGAAACAACUGUAUUCUUCUCAUGGUAAGGAAGAGAUUGUGAAAUCGACUAACUUUGGCGAAUAUUUACCUGCUCGUGAAAAUGAAUUUGCUUCAAUAUAUUUAAGUAUAUAUAGUGCACUGGAAUCUGGAUCGUCAACCACAGUAUAUAUUGCUGGGACACCCGGUGUUGGUAAAACAUUAACAGUUAGAGAGGUUAUGAAAGAAUUACAACAUUCUGUAUCUCAAAAAGAAUUACCACCAUUUCAAUAUAUCGAAGUCAAUGGUCUUAAAAUGGUGAAACCGACAGAUAGCUAUGAAGUACUGUGGAGUAAAAUAUCAGGCGAUAACUUGACUUGGGGGGCUGCUAUGGAAUCUCUUCAAUUUUAUUUUGAGAAAGUUCCUAAGGAUAAGAAACGUCCUAUCGUUGUAUUAUUAGACGAAUUAGACGCUUUGAUUACCAAACAAGAAGAUAUAAUGUACAAUUUCUUUAAUUGGACAUCAUAUGAAAAUGCUAAAUUAAUAUUAGUUGCUGUGGCAAACACUAUGGAUUUACCAGAAAGACAGUUAGGGAAUAAAGUCUCGUCCAGAAUUGGUUUCACAAGAAUCAUGUUUGCUGGUUAUACACAUGAAGAAUUGAAAUCAAUUAUCGAUUUGAGACUGCAGGGGCUGAAUGACACGUUUUUCUAUGUAGAUAAAGAUUCCGGUAAUGCUUAUCUUGCAGAAGAUUUUACGAUUGAUGAAAAAGAUGGUAGGCUUCCUUCAAACUUGAAGAAAGUCAGACUAAGAAUGAGUCCUGAUGCAAUUGAGAUUGCAUCUAGAAAGAUUGCGAGUGUGAGUGGUGAUGCUAGAAGAGCACUAAAAGCAUGUAAAAGAGCUGCUGAGAUUGCGGAACAACAUUAUAUGGCAAUGCAUGGCUAUAAUUAUGACGGUCAAGUUAUAAUCGUCUCAAAGGAAGAUGAUGAAGAUGAGUUUGAAGACACAGUGAAUGAUGAAUCAAAAACAAGUGAAAUAACAAAUGGGUACGAAAAGGAAAUCGAUGAGGAUGGUAAUGAAUAUGAGGUACAAGUCGUUCGUAUCAAUCAUAUUAUGAGAGCACUGAACGAAACAAUAAAUACCAACAUAACCAGGUUUAUUAAUAGAUGUUCGUUUACCACCAAAUUGUUUCUUUUUGCAUUUAUGAAUUUAAUAAAGAAAACUGGGUACGAUGAACAAAAUUUAGGUGAUGUUAUAGAUGAAAUUAAAUUGUUAAUUGAAGUGAAUGGUAAUAAUAAAUUUGUAAUGAAAAUGACUGAUGUCUUAUAUCCCAAGGAAAUGGGUACUGAGGCUCCGCAAUUACGAAUGAUAUCAUGGGAUUACAUAAUUUGCCGAUUAGUUGAGUCAGGUAUUCUUGUAAAACAAAAUUCUAACAACGAACGUUACUGUUCCAUUAAGCUGAAUGUUCCUUCGGAUGAGGUAAAAAGAGCAGUAGAACAAGAUGACCAUUUGAAGGACUUCUGA